AUGAGUCGCUACCACCCGUCCGCGCACUACAGCCCGUCGGGAGACCCCGCCUAUGAGCGGCAGCAGCAUCGCAUCGAACCCACUCGACAUGAUCCCGGCAGCUCUCAGGUCAAUCCAGCAUACCCGGAAUAUACUCAGGGCAUCCAGGACGACGUUGACAUACCAGAUGCUGAGGUUGAGGAUCCCCAUCUUGCGUUGACCUCGCAGACGUUGAAUGCAGAUGGCACUCCGAAGCGGCCCAUGAACGCGUUCAUGAUUUAUGCACGGCGGCGGCGACCGCAGAUCUCGGCCGCCAACCAGAUGAUGCGGACUGGUGACAUUAGCAAAAUUCUGAGCAAAGAGUGGAGCUCAAUGGACAUGUCGGAUAAAAAGUUCUAUCUAGACCAGGCCAAGAAGUUGAAAGAAAACUUCAACAAUAAAUAUCCGGACUACGUCUACCGUCGUCGACCCAACAAUUCGCGCAAAAAGCGCAAGCCCGACCCCGGCCAGACCACGCCGCCGUCGCUCUCUCCCGGGGUAGAGGGAGAGGAUGGCUCCAUGGACGAAGGCUCCCCAACUGAGGGAGAUGAUCGAAUGAUGUCCUCGAUGGGUCAAGGGUACCAGUACUCUCCUCCCGGCACCGCAAGCUCGUCCGCGGCGUACGAGCCACACGACGAUUUUGCGCACUCGUCCAGUCCGUAUGCUCAGUCAUUGUCCGAGGUUCCUUCCAGCCAGUUCAGCCAGCCGUCGCGCUCUCACCUUGCAUCUAUACCUUCACCCGCAGAUAAUUCAUUUGUCCAAGGCGGAAUGACUGGCCUCCGGUUGUCUACGCUCUCUGCUCCUAGUGCGGGCGGGAUGCCUGGUCUGCGAUUAUCCACUCUGCCUCCCCCUAGCCCAAGCUCCCAAAACUACCCAUCUCCGUCAACGGUGCAGCCCAGUCACGCUUCGCCGUACACCUCGUCCCCAGCCCAGAUGUCUCAUAAUCCUUGGGAUUCUCCGAGAGAAGCAGGAAGGUCCGAGCAAGGGCGGCCAGGCUGGCCCGUGCUUCCCGCUCUUGAUAUGUCAGCGGCGCGCCAGCGGCCGACUUCGGGCCCGUCUGAUCGCCCGGAAAUGUAUUCGCCUCCGCUCACACAUCGCUCUUGGUCCAGCACGACCGCGUCCACGCCGUCCAGCGGGUCUGCGAGUGGGGCCUCUGGCCAUUAUUCUAAUUCGGCGUUCCCCACGCUCACCCCGGCAUUCUUCCCAAGUCAGUCGCCCUCCUCCCACCGCCACACGUCCAGCACGGACUCGUACACUUCCGCUACAGCACACCCGGGCCAUCCGAGUCCCCCGGAUUAUGCGCCCUCUUCCUCAGGCCCUGCGAUGCAUCGCGGCUUGUCAUAUCCUGGCAGGUCGCAAUCUGGAGCGCCCGAGUCGGCCGGAUUUACGCAUACCACGACGCUUCCUACGCCGACGAGUUCGGCAUACCUGUCGGCAGGCCAGAGCCACGGUGGCCAGUGGCCAUCGCAGUAUCGCGUGCCCUCCGGCUCGCAACGCGUUUCCCCGCCGAUGCUGCACCAGCCGUCGUCCGCGCAGAGUCCCGCAUCCAGCUCUAGCGGCGCUAGCCCGCACUCGGCAUCGCACUCUCACAUGAGUUACUGGGACAGGAGCAGAUAUGAUGGGCGGUAG